CGGAGGCGGAAGUUCCCCACCGGCUUGAGACGGACGGCGCAGGCACCGGGAGCCACUUGUCAGCGCUGGUCUAAGGCGGAGGGUGCGCCGCGCGGGUCCGGAGUUUCUUUCAUUUUCUAGAACUGCACAUUGAACCCUCGGAAUCAUGAGCAACUACAGUGUGUCAUUGGUCGGCCCAGCUCCUUGGGGUUUCCGGCUCCAAGGUGGCAAGGAUUUCAACAUGCCUCUGACAAUCUCUAGUCUGAAGGACGGUGGCAAGGCAUCACAGGCGCAUGUCAGAAUAGGCGACGUGGUUCUCAGCAUUGAUGGCAUCAGUGCCCAGGGAAUGACUCAUCUUGAAGCCCAGAACAAGAUUAAGGCUUGUACAGGCUCCUUGAAUAUGACUCUGCAGAGAGCUUCUGCUGCAGCCAAGACUGAGCCGGUCGCUGUCCAGAAGGGUGAACCUAAGGAAGUAGUUAAGCCUGUGCCCAUUACAUCUCCUGCUGUAUCCAAAGUCACUUCCACAACCAACGUGGCCUACAAUAAAGCGCCACGGCCCUUUGGUUCUGUGUCUUCACCAAAAGUCACAUCCAUCCCAUCACCAUCGUCUGCGUUCACCCCAGCCCACGCUGCCACCUCAUCACAUGCUUCCCCUCCACCCGUGGCCGCUGUCACUGCCCCCCCACUCUCUGCAUCCGGACUGCAUGUUAGUGCCAGUCUUAGUGCUGACCAGAGUUCAUCUCCAGCGAACACUGGUAAACCUGCAGUUAAUGUCCCACGGCAGCCCACAGUCACCAGCGUGUGUUCCGAGUCUGCUCAGGAGCUAGCAGAGGGACAGAGAAGAGGAUCCCAGGGUGACAUUAAGCAGCAAAAUGGCCCACCUAGAAAACACAUUGUGGAGCGCAACACGGAAUUUUAUCACAUCCCCACUCACAGCGAUGCCAGCAAGAAAAGGCUGAUCGAGGACACCGAGGACUGGCGUCCCCGGACUGGAACGACUCAGUCUCGUUCCUUCCGGAUCCUUGCCCAGAUCACUGGGACUGAGCAUCUGAAAGAAUCUGAAAAUGACAAUACGAAGAAGGCAAACAGCACCCAGGGGCCUUCUCAGCAGUCAGCUUCAUCUGGAGCUUCACCUCUGAGCGCAUCUGAGGGGCCGGAGAGCCCAGGUGCGAGCAGGCCAGCGGUGGCUGGCCUCAGGUCUGCGGCUGCUUUCAAGCCUGUAGGAUCCACCAGCGGCAAGUCACCAAGCUGGCAGCGUCCAAACCAAGCAGCACCUUUUACUGGGAGAGUUUCAAACAAUGCGAGUUCCUCAGGUACAGGGGCACCUGUGAAGCCAGCUGUGGGGCCGCCCCAGCCGAGUGACCAAGACACGCUUGUGCAGAGAGCUGAGCACAUUCCAGCGGGCAAGAGGACCCCCAUGUGUGCCCACUGCAACCAGGUCAUCAGGGGACCUUUUCUUGUGGCUCUAGGGAAGUCCUGGCAUCCAGAAGAAUUUAACUGUGCUCAUUGCAAAAAUACCAUGGCCUAUAUCGGCUUUGUAGAGGAGAAGGGAGCACUGUACUGUGAGCUGUGCUAUGAGAAGUUCUUUGCUCCUGAGUGUGGCCGCUGCCAGAGGAAGAUCCUUGGAGAAGUCAUCAAUGCUUUGAAGCAGACCUGGCAUGUGUCCUGUUUUGUGUGUGUGGCCUGUGGAAAACCCAUCCGUAAUAAUGUUUUCCACUUGGAAGAUGGCGAGCCCUACUGUGAGACAGACUACUAUGCCCUCUUUGGAACAAUAUGUCGUGGAUGCGAAUUCCCCAUAGAGGCUGGCGACAUGUUCCUGGAAGCGCUGGGCUACACCUGGCAUGAUACUUGCUUCGUGUGCUCUGUGUGUUGUGAAAGUUUGGAAGGACAGACAUUUUUCUCCAAGAAAGACAAGCCACUUUGCAAAAAACAUGCUCAUUCUGUGAAUUUUUGAAAAACAACAGGUCCAGAAAAAAAGAAGAAAUUUGAAGAAAAAGGAGGAAAAUUAAAAUUGCCAUUUAAUUUUUAGUUUUAAUAUUUAUAUGGAGUUCUCAAAUAAUAGUAGUCCUGAAGGGAUAGACUCCAACAUGAAAAAUCAAAUCUGAGAAAAUGCUUAGCUUUAGAAAGUCACAGACAGUUUGGCAUUUAUUCUGAAUUGCCAGUAUUUUUCUGCCCAUGAAAUAGCCUUUAUAAAAAAUCAAUUUCCUUGCUAUUCAGUUCAUCUUAGAAUUAGCAAAGGAUUACAUUUUAGAAUUAAAAUCUCUAGCCUCUUUGCUGAAAUUGGGGGGGGGGAGGAGAGGUAGUAGCUAUGGGAAUCCACAAAAGGCAAUAAAAGUACCUUAAACCUUAUUAGUAAGAAUAAUUGUUUAAUAAACCCAUUUUAUCUUUAAAAUAGUAAGUAGACAUUUAAAUAAAUUUUAGGAGUAGACAAUUUCCUUUUCUGUUUAGUGGGUGUUGCUUUGGUCUUAUCAUUGGUCUUACCUUUCAGUAAGAUGGGCCAUGGAAAAUCUUGAUCAAAGUGUGUCAUUGCCAGUAAGAGAUUUUCAUGAUCUCCUCUGUUCUCUCAGAUGCUGGCUGUGCUUCAGACAGAGCAGUCUGUUUGCAUUGUGUAUGGCUGCCUGGUCUAGACUGCCAUGCUUUCGUCUCUGGUGCUGAGAUGAAGAUAUUUCAAUAGUGUUAGACUCUAAUAGUGUUGUCUCCUUUCUAGAAAAGAGUAGGUAGAAGAUAAAGGAAUUAUGGAAAUAACACAAUUGUAAGUAGAAAGUUAAAAAACACUUCCCGCUUUCAGAUAAAGAACUGACUGAUUUUUACAUCUAUGUCUCUAACUGAAGGUUCAAAAACUCCUUGCCCAGUGGGUGGGUUUUUUGGAUUGAGGAUUAUAAGAUCCAACUGUUAGGUUUUUUUGCUUAUUUGGAGUUGUUUUGGGAUUUUCUUUCUUGUUUUUUGCUUGGGGUUCAUUUCUAUCAGUGAGUAAUUCUCCUUUUGGUCUCCAGUGUUUGGUAGAAAGGGAGAACCCUGAUGCAGUUCUCACACGGCCCUGUUAUCUGUUCCUCAUGAGUGGGGAGAGCAUCGUGCAGGCACCGCCUGUAGUCAGGAAAGUGCCUGGGAGACAGUCGUGCAGGAUGGCUCACUGCCCAGGGAGAUACAAAUGAUGGCGUUUCAUAUUUUCUGUUUCUACAAUGAAUAAAAGCACGUGCUCCUGCUGAGUUACAGCUUAAAUCUGUGGGGACAAGGUGCUUUCAAAAUCCAGAUAGAGCUCCCAGGUUCCUGCUGCCCCUUCACUCAAGUGCACUUGUGCAGUGUGAGUGUAUGCAUGCGUGUGUGUUAGGACGUCUUAGACUGCUGUAUUUGUUUAACUUCCCCAAGAACUUUCAAGGCAUCUGUCCUGAAAGUGGCUAAUCUAUGGCCUAGUGAAUUUGUUUUAUAUGCAGAUAGUAGUGAACUGGGGGAUAAAUGAACAGCAAGGGAGAUACCACAUUGCAAACUGGAAGCUUCUCCAGUAGCAGCCCAGGUUACCUCCUCACCUGUGCUUGCUUAUAGGGAGGCAGGAAAUGUCGUCAGGAGUCAGUGCUGGAGCUUUGUACUUUAGGUCAUUGUGCUGCUGCAGUAAUCAGACUUGAUGACUCGUGUGCAUUAGCUCAGAUCUGAAUGUCAGGCUUUGGCUUUAUACGACAAAAUAAGUUGGUGAUUUUGUUUUGAUAUAGUCAUUUUGUUUUGUCUUUUAGAUGAUAUGCAAAAAUAUUUGAAAACUCAUAGGCAUUUGCAUAUUCAAAGACUUUUCUUCGACUUGGAUUUCUUAUAAAAUUUUAUUUAAGGAUAUCAUUUUUAUUAAGCCUUUACUUCUAUGUGUUAUUUGUAGAACAUAAUGCUGCAUUUUAUAAUGCUGUAUUUCUCUAAAUUUAAUCUGUCAAAGGCUAGUGUGGCUUGGUAAUUUGGCAUUGUGUGUGUAUCUUUGCCUGUUUUAUGGCAAGGAUUAUAUCCAUUCCUAAAGUAGUGACCCCUGGGAGAUGAGUUCUGCCCAGAGCCAGAAGACCUGUCUGUAGUGGGGAUUCAUGUUUUGUUUACCAGCAUGGACCUUUGGAUACCAGGUACAGCACUUUACUCUUCUGGCAAGUUCCCUGGGUGUUUAAUAUAAAUUCUGUGUCAGUAGCAUUUUUCUUCACUACUUAGAACGUUGAGCUUUCCCCAUGCUAGAUGUCUGUUUUGAAGGCUGUACCCCAGGUGGACACUACAGUGCAUGACUUUAUGUCCCACAUUCAGUUUCUCAUUGGUCAGAGUUUGAUGGGCCGGGGUUGGCACUGUUUCUCUAAUUGUUUGGUCUGACUGCUGCCUGCUGAAGCAGGAAUGCUUCUGCUCCCCGUGAUGCUCCCCGUGACUCCAUCCCCUUGUGAAACUGAAGCCUAAUUAUUUGGCCAUGGUAUGAAAACAAAAGUAACCAUUUGUUUACAAAAGAUCUGUAAGCCAAAUCAUUUGAAUAUUGAUAUAAAGCUAUGUUUAAAAUGAUCUACAGCAAAAUGUACUCUUUCCAAGGAACUCAAAGUUAAAGUAAUUACUACAGUGUGAAUUCAGUGUAAUAUUAAUACUUUCUGGCAGUUGCAGUUCGGUCAUCUCCGUUGGAGCAGAAGAAACACAGGAGAUAGUCUCACGCAAAUGUUUCAGGCUGUCCUCGUCUCCAGUGUCUACGGUGUUGGCCGUAGACACUUAAGUGUAACAUGCUGAACCUGUCAAUCAAUUACUGUCUUUUCUUUCUUUGCAUUUUCAAGUUUGUGUAUAGCUACUCUUUUUCUUUUGGAUACAUUUUUAAUUAAAAAAAAUCACAUGAGAAAUGUAAUCUGGAUAGUGAUACUUUAAUGAGCACAUACUCAAUAAACAACUGCAAUGAUGUCGACA